CUACUCAGUAUCCAUAGUUUAUACCACGUGGUUUGUAUAGGAUGAAAAGAAUCGACAUUAGUUUCUUACGUCUUUUUCGAUUUGUUAAAAAUUUGACGUUGUGUACAUGCGUAGUAGUAUCAUUUGUUGGAACAUACCUUUAUUUUGAUUAUGUUAAAUGUGAAGAGUUCAAAGAUACAUUUUUAUACCUGUAUCCUUUCGGAAAUGUCAGUAGUAUUGUUCAAGAAUUGAAAAAGACAGGUACAACACAUACUAAAGAAAUCAAUGAUGUCUAUCGAUUAUAUAAUAUAAUAAAUUCACCUAAAAAUGCCUGCAAGAAACCUGUUUCUUUGUUAGUAAUUGUAAAAUCAAAAUGUAGUAAUCAUGGUCAAAGAUCAGCAAUAAGAAGAACCUGGGGGAAAGGCGGAAAUCCGGAUAUUUAUGUUUACUUUUCACUUGGGUACGAACCGGAAGUACAAGAUGCGAUUAAUAAUGAAAUUCAUGCGCAUAAUGACAUUAUCCAAGGAUCAUUCGAUGAUGUGUACAGAAAUAAUAUAUAUAAGACAUCUUUGAACAUUAGAUGGGUAAGUGUUCAUUGUUCUCAUCUUCAAUAUGUUUUAUUCAUAGACGAUGAUUACUUUCUCAAUGUGAAAGGAAUAUUAUCUUAUGUACGAAUGUUAACAAGUUUAAACAUUUCAAAUAAAAUGUAUGGAUAUCGAGGCCAAUGCUGGAAACCUAUCCGAUUAUGUUUUCAUGAAAAAUCUUACAUUUCAUUGGAAGAAUAUCGGUACGAUUAUUGGCCGGACUAUUUAUUAGGCGGAACAAUAUUAACCACAAUGGAUGUGGUUAUAAGGCUAUCACGUGCAAUUCCAUACAUCAAAAGAAUCAGCAUCGAUGAUACGUUUGUAGGAAUUGCUGCUCAUCUUUUAGGAAUUGAAUUGAUAGAUGAAAAAAGGUUUUCAAAACAAUCUCGUUCCGCUGGUCAAAUGAAAUAUCUUUUAAGUGCUCAUGGAUAUGAUGAAGAGUCUUUAAUCGCCACAUGGGAAGAAUUUACAAAGUUUUGAAAAUUCAGUUUUAAUCAUUGUCUCUCCUUAAUAACAACAUUUUUAGCUAGUUAAAAAAAUUGCAUUUUC